AUGCGGGCAAGCCCUCAUGUGGAAGCAUUGGCAGUGUGUCUCUGCCCUUCCCCCAGGCCUGCCCGUGGUCCCCGGUUCGUCUCCCUCUGCGACGUGCAGCUGAGCUGUGUGGCACAGGCCCUCGGUGGCCUGAACCAGGCACCCCAUGCGCCGCCCAGCCGGACCUUCAUCAACCUGGCCGGGCCCUUCACCAACAAGCACAAAGAGUACUCAGAGCGGCGCAUCAUUGGGUAUUCCAUGGAAGAGAUGUAUGACGUGGUGUCCAAUGUGGAAGAGUACAAGAGCUUUGUGCCCUGGUGCAAGAAGUCGGUGGUGGUGUUGCGGCGUGCGGGCCACGUGCGGGCGCAGCUGGAGGUGGGCUUCCCACCACUGCUGGAGCGCUACACCUCUAUCAUCACACUCGUGCGCCCCCACCUCGUUAAGGCUGUCUGCACCGAUGGGAAGCUCUUUAACCACCUGGAGACCAGCUGGCGCUUCAGCCCUGGCAUCCAUGGCUACCCCCGCACCUGCACUGUGGACUUUUCGAUCUCCUUCGAGUUCCGUUCCUUGCUGCACUCCCAGCUGACAGCCAUCUUCUUCGAUGAGGUGGUCAAGAAGAUGGUGGCUGCUUUUGAGCGCCGGGCAGCCGCUGCCUUUGGCCCCGAGACCCGCAUCCCCCGUGAGCUCAUGUUCCACGAAGUCCACCAGACAUGAGAAUGCUGCCGGGUGGGCGCGAGGGGAGGGCUACACAGACCCCCCCAACCCCCACCGGCCUUUUAACUAUUUAUUGGACUGCCUCUGUCCUGAUGUUCUCUAAUUUAUCUCCAGAGCCAGUAGCCAUCCUGGCCUGGACACCCUGCCCCAGCUCUUCCCCCUGCCUCAGGCUCCAGCCUGUAGCUACAUUUACAUUAUUUUAUCAGGGGUUUUCUCUACCCCACCCCACAGGGCAAAGGGGGAUCCCCACCCUUUACUGAUUUGGAGCUCUCGUAUACUAUUGCAAGUGCCAAGCCCAGUGGGCACAUGUGAGUGAAGGCAGUGGGAGGUGGGGAUUGCAUAGGGUAGGGCAAGGCCUGAAUGCCUGCAGCACCACCACCUCCAGCAUAGCCUAGGGCCCCUGGGGGGAUAGUGGGGCUGGCAUCUGGGGAGAAGAGGUCCUGUCUGGCUCUGGGGCUGCACCAGUGGGGGCGGAAGGGAAAAGGGGAGGCACACAGGGGGAGUAAAGGCAACAGGGUCCAAGUGACAGCUGAACUGGGUGGAGAAGGGGGUGCCUAGCCCAGGGCCCUCUGCUCUUAGCACCCAAAGGGGCAGCUCCAGGGACGCAGUGGCUCUGUGCCUGGCUUCUCCCCACACGGGAUGGCCCUAUAGGUGCUGGGGGGAGAAGGAACCAGAGCUUCAUAGUCCUUUGAGACGGCUGCCAGUGCUGUUGCAGCUGCUGGGACCCAUCCCCAGACCAGGGUACGGAUUCCCCCACUCCAGUUCCAAGCACCCCCCUGCUGCUCUAAGGGAGCCCCAGCUACCCCCAGCAGGGGGGGUACCUUAGGACACCCCCCCACCAGUGGUGCUAAGUUUCUGGUACUCGCCCCCACCCUGCUGCAGCCCAACUCUAUGGGACUCUGCUGGAUUUAAAGGGGUAGGUGCAGCAAAGCAUGCUGGGAUAGGGGCCCUUUAAGUUAGCUGGGCACAGGUGGGAGCCUCUUGCUGGGAGAGUGGAGGAGCUGGGCUCACUCCAGCCCAUUGGAGGAGUGAAGGGAGUUUAGGGCACCUGGGUCCAGGGGAGGGGAGGCAGCAUCCCCCCUCCAGGUAAGCCUGGACUUGGGAUAAGGGUAGGGGCCAGUGCUGGGGUCUCCUAGAAGCCCCUCUCCUCCCUCUGAUGCCUGGCUGCAGGGAAGGGCUGCCCCAGGCAGGUCCACCGCUUCUCUGCAAGCAGGAUGGAUAAGAGCAGCCCUGCAUGGCUCCCCUCCUUGGAGUUCAGCACCCUGGGCCUGGGGCUGCCAAGGGCAGGGUACAAGCCCUCCUCCCCCAAGGGACGACACAUGGAGCCAUGAGCAGAGGUUGUUAAUAAAAACAUUUAUUUUGCAUUUUCUUGUUUGUACAGAACCACCUGAAUCUGCAACAGAUCGGGCAGGAGUGGGGGUGGGUGCACACACACAGGGGAGCAGGCGCGGGGAGGAGUGUAUCAAAGCCAUGCUGGGGGGCCGAGGCAGCUCGGUUCUGUGAGCAGCCUAUGCCUACCAGCCAGGCCAAGCCCCCAGGCAGGGCAGAGACCUCCCUCAGCUCCAGCAGGAUGAGGUGGGGGGGGUGCCUGGCUCAUCUAGCACAGGUGUGGGUGCCUGGGCUGGACAUGGAGUGCUGCAGCAAGCUGGGCACAGGGUGGGCCAGGGGCUCCCUACCCCCCACCCCCUUCCCAGCCACUAGGGAAGGGAGCCUAGAGGUGCUUACCCCCACCCCAAACAAGCCUGGGGGAAGGGGAGGGUAGGGCUCAAUUCUGCUACAGACCAAGGCUCAAGCUGAGAGAUCACACACAGCUGGGGGCAAGGUGUAGAAUUAGUGCCCCUGCCCCCUCCUUCCCCUGGGGCUGGAGUCUGGGGAGGGGCCAGGACACCAACUAGGCAGCA